UGGUUGGCCACUAUGAGAAGAGGAGGCUGGGAUAGAUGGACCUGAUCCAGCAGCCAGGCUUUUCCAAUGCUGCUGUGGAAUAUCCAGUUUCAGAGGAUCCCUAGGUUCUUUGGGGCUCCUGUGACAUGGUCUGGCAGCCACACUCUUCUGACAUUCUUGUGGAACUCCCAGGUGCAGAGGCAGUCUCUCUUGUUCCCAGCAGGGAAAGAGGGACGUUGGGCUUGGCCUGACCCAGCAGCUCUUCUUACAUCCUGACGACGCCUCACUAGCUGUCUGGGCAGCUGAGGGAGCCAGAAGGGAGGGAUCUAUUUUUAGGGGCUGAGUUGCUGCUAUAUCCGUCUUGGCUGCCUGGCCAAAGCCCUCCUGCGCAGCCCAAAGUGUGGCCUGCUUGCACCCAGUGAACAUGGCUGGCCUGGAGGGGGCGUCUUCUGGGGCCCAGUCAGGAGGCCACGUGGUCCUGGAGGUGGGCGACAGGCAGUUCCCUGUUGAGCGCUGCGCCUUGGCCCGCUACAGUCGCUACUUCGAGGCCAUGUUCUUUGGGGACACACGUGAGCGCACAGCCCCUCGGAUCCGGAUCCAGGGCCUGGACCCCACUGCCUUCCAGGCCCUGCUGGCCUUCACACAGACGGGCAGCCUCCUUCUUGACCGCAACAAUGUCACAGAGCUGCUGGAGGCAGCUGACUUCCUGCAGCUGAACUGCGCCAAGCGGCUCUGUGAGGCAUUUCUGGAGAGGGAGCUGCACGUCUCCAACUGCCUUGGUUUCCUGGCCUACGCGCAAUGCUUCUCCUGCGCCCACCUGCAGGCGGCUGCACUCUCUGUGGUGCUCUCACACUGGGCCGAAGUGGCUUCUGGCGAGGAGUUCAUGGAGGCCCCUGCAGAGACGCUGCGGGUGCUGCUGCGGAGCGACGAUCUCUUUGUGAGCCGCGAGGAGGCAGCCUUUGAGGCGCUGCUGCAGUGGGCAACUGCUGACCCUGCUGGGCGGGAAGCAGUCUUCCUGGAGCUGGCAGGCCUCAUCCGCGGACCCUUCCUGAGGCUGCCCUUCCUGGAGCGGCUGGUGCAGCGAUGCAAGAGCCCCCCAGGGCAGGACAGCUCGGGACGGCUGCUGCAAAAGCUGGAUGCUUGCCUUCCUGCCAGCUGGAGACAGGCAGGCCUCUCACCUUGUGUGGGGCGCAGCCAUGAGGUCCUCUUUGUCCUGGCUGGCAAACACGACCAAGAGCAGCAGGAGCUUUUCCAAUUCCAACCGAAGACAGAGGUGUGGCAGACCCGGGCGCCCCUCCGGCGCAAGAACCUCACCCAGUAUGCUGUGGCUGCCAUCGGCAACUUCCUCUUUGUGACGGGCGGCUACUUCCGCGAGGAGUUCUCCUGGUGCAGCGUGGGCUGGGUGCUGAUCUACAACAGCUGGGACGACAACUGGCUGGAUGGCCCGGCCAUGAAGACGGCACGCCACAGCCACUGUGCUGUGGGGGUGGGCUUCCACCUCUAUGUGAUGGGUGGCAGCACUGAGGAGGGGGCUGUCACGCCUGAGGUGGAGCGCCUGGCACCCACAGACUCUUCCUGGGAGAGCACCAGCCCCCUGGCCCACCCCGUGGAGAGGGCCGGGGCGGUUAGUGUGGGGUCUCGUGUCUACGUCAUCUGUGGCCUGGACGAGAAUGGAGAUGUCUGCCAUGCUGUCCAGCGGCUGGACGUGGAAACGGACAUCUGGGAUGUGAUCUCCUUCUCACCUCUCCCUAGGUAUGACCUCUGCGUUGUGGCUCUGAAUGGGGCCAUCUACACUGUGGGAGGGGGCGCCUUCCGUUUUGAUGUGGACUCGGGAGAGUGGACACCGGUGGAGGAGGAGUGCCUGGCGCGACGGUUCUUCACAGGGUGCAGCGCAGCCAAUGGCAGGAUCUAUCUCCUGGCGCAGAGACAGGGCAACACUGCACUCCCCAACAUGGUUCUCUUGGACCCUUACCUGGAGAUGUGCCAGGAGGUGGACAGCAAGCUCCCCUGCCCGCUGCCCAUCCACGGGACAGCCUCCAUGCGUAGAUUUGACAUUUGCGCAUGACGCGGUAUGCCAACACCCUCCAAGGCAGCAGUGUGGGAGACGGAGAGCGGGAAAAGUCGGCUGCCCUGUUCUUUUUCUCCUUCAUUUUGGAACGAAAGAGACCGUUUGGGUAUCCAGCCAUCUGUGGUGAAGCCCCACAGAAGGAGUGGAGUGCAGAUAGCCUGCUCCUGCAGAGGGGGCUCGGUGGGACUGGGCCUCCCCUCUUUGUAUGGCGGAGGCAGAGCUGCACACCACCUCCUGGCCAGCGCUCGUGUUCCUGGCAAAGCUGCCUCUCUGCUCCCUCUCUGAGCUGAUUUCAAAUGACAGGGAGAGGAACUUGAACAUAAUAAGAAUAAAUGCAAGUUGCCAACCAGCACAUUGAUGGGAUCAAUCAGCGAGUUUGGGG